CAGCUGGAGCCGGCGCGGUCAUCAGCGCGGCGGCGUCGCCCUUGCGCUCCCGCGGCCCGGCCCGCGGCCGGCAGACUUUGCGGAGGGCGCCCGGCGUAGGCGGCGGCGGGUGUGGGCCGAGCCGGUAUUUAUAGCUCGGUGACAGCAGCAGCGGCAGCGACGCCGCCUGUCCGUCUCGCCGCGCUUCCCAGCGAGGCCGUGGGCGCGGCGGAGGGCUGCGCUCCACCGGCUCUCCCGAGUGCGGACGCCCCGAACCCGCGCGGCCCCCUCGGUAAACUACGGCAGUGAAGUUGUGAAGGAUGGGUAAAGACUUUCGUUAUUAUUUCCAGCAUCCCUGGUCUCGCAUGAUUGUGGCUUACUUGGUGAUCUUCUUUAACUUCUUGAUAUUUGCGGAGGACCCUGUUUCUCAUAGCCAGACAGAAGCCAAUGUGAUUGUUGUUGGAAACUGUUUUUCGUUUGUAACAAAUAAAUACCCUAGAGGAGUUGGCUGGAGGCUUCUGAAGGUGCUUCUAUGGCUACUUGCCAUUCUCAUAGGACUAAUAGCUGGCAAAUUUCUGUUCCAUCAGCGUUUGUUUGGUCAGUUGCUCCGGUUAAAAAUGUUUCGAGAAGACCAUGGGUCAUGGAUGACAAUGUUCUUCAGCACAAUUCUGUUUCUCUUCAUAUUUUCUCACAUAUACAACACGAUUCUUCUAAUGGAUGGGAACAUGGGAGCAUAUAUCAUUACAGACUAUAUGGGCAUCCGAAAUGAAAGUUUCAUGAAAUUAGCUGCAGUAGGGACCUGGAUGGGGGACUUUGUCACGGCUUGGAUGGUCACCGAUAUGAUGCUUCAGGACAAACCCUAUCCUGACUGGGGAAAAUCUGCAAGAGCUUUCUGGAAGAAGGGAAAUGUGAGGAUCAUUUUAUUCUGGACGGUUCUUUUCACUCUGACUUCUGUGGUUGUACUUGUCAUUACAACUGACUGGAUCAGCUGGGACAAGCUGAAUCGGGGAUUUUUGCCCAGUGAUGAAGUUUCCAGAGCCUUCCUGGCUUCUUUCAUCUUGGUCUUUGACCUCCUUAUUGUAAUGCAGGACUGGGAAUUCCCACAUUUCAUGGGAGACGUUGAUGUAAAUCUUCCUGGGUUGCACACGCCUCACAUGCAGUUCAAGAUUCCUUUCUUCCAGAAGAUCUUCAAGGAGGAAUAUCAUAUUCACAUAACAGGUAAAUGGUUUAACUAUGGAAUUAUCUUCCUGGUCUUGAUUUUGGAUCUUAAUAUGUGGAAGAACCAGAUCUUUUAUAAGCCUCAUGAAUAUGGACAGUACAUCGGCCCAGGGCAGAAGAUAUAUACAGUGAAGGACUCAGAGAGUCUAAAGGAUUUGAACAGAACCAAGCUGUCCUGGGAAUGGAGGUCCAAUCACACCAACCCUCGGACUAACAAAACCUACGUGGAAGGAGACAUGUUCUUACAUAGCAGGUUCAUAGGGGCCAGCCUGGAUGUCAAGUGCCUGGCUUUCGUUCCUAGUUUGAUAGCUUUUGUGUGGUUUGGAUUCUUCAUUUGGUUCUUUGGACGGUUUCUGAAAAAUGAGCAAGGCAUGGAGAAUCAAGAUAAAACUUACACGCGCAUGAAAAGAAAAUCCCCGUCCGAACACAGCAAGGACAUGGGAAUCACGCGAGAAAACACGCAGGCCUCCGUGGAAGACCCGCUGAACGACCCCGCCUUGGUGUGCAUCAGGUCCGACUUCAACGAGAUCGUCUACAAAUCUUCCCACCUCACGUCGGAGAACCUGAGCUCGCACCUGAAUGAAUCGACCAGCGCGACAGAGGCCGACCCCGAGCCCACGACGUCUAAAAGUACACCCACGAACUAGAUCCGCUUCUCUGAGGGUAGCACACAAAGCAACCUUGAGUGUCUCUUUCAAAGGUUAGUCUUUCCUUUUGUAAAUGUAAGGUUUACGUAGCGUUAGGUAAAGAAAUACAAACAAGGCCACAACGGUGCUCAACAUGCUUUUUCUAGGACUCAUUGUUUUCUAUUUGUAUUAUGAUACCUGUGCCUACUGUAUAUCUAACAGUCCUCUAGAGAUUGCUUUUCACACUUGCACAAGCUUCUUACUGACUUUACAGCAUAAUAGAAUAGCUGGUUACCCGUGUUAUCUGAUGUUCAACCAUAGUGGUGCCUUGAGACAUUAAACUCUUUUUAACUGUAUCGGAAA